AUGUCGUACAUUUUUCUCUUUGAAGUUAUCGUCGAUGAUUUGCAAAUAUUUUUGGACGUUCGAAAUUCUAGCACCGGCACCGGUGCGCAAGAUGACUCCGCUGCGGUAAGACGCGAGCUCUGCGUCCGUUUGCAGCUAUCCAACUUGGUACGGUGUGAGAUAUGCGAAAAAGAUUUCGGCUCUGCGCUAGACUUGGAGGUGCGCAAAACCGGAGAAAACUGUCUGUUUGCGUACAAUCCGAGCAGCGAGCUGCAGGAGGAGCUUGAGCUACGAAUAUCGGCCCAUGAGAAGGGUUCGGAUGGGGUGAAAAAGAUGGUCGGAAGUUGGAAGGAACCGGGUCGUGAAAUGUUGGUCGGACUUGCGCAGGCAUACGAUUUGCAGAAUGGAAUGAUGCCACAGGAGGAAAAUUCGAAUGAAUCGUUGGUGUCCGGUGAGAUGGAGCAAACGCAACGAAACAAGCCAGUUUCGAAUACGUUCAAGGCAUCGUAUCCACUUGAGAUGGAAACGGGAAAUGUAGUUGUUGGGAUUGUCAUCCUUACUGUGCGAGUUUCCUGUCUGGGUCCAAACAUCAACCAGAAGGUGUUGUUUGGUGGUCGUGAUCUUGACCAACAGCCGGUAACGUGCUAUAAAAUGGAGAACGAGCCAGUCGUACAGUGCGUAACGCUGGAGGACCAAGACGAUCAGGUGUUGGUAGCUCCUAAAGCAAGUCUUGCUAGUAUCGUGGGAACCGAAAUCGUCCCGGAGGUUCAGCCGUACGAUGAGUAUGCUGCUGAACUGAAUGGAAACGCUAUAUGCAUUCGCGUGGAGAAGGAUGCGAAUAUUGCUGUAAGCAUCGAUGGCGAGGAGAGCAACGAGUGUACCAAAGGAUGUUGGACUUCCCUUACGCUUCCGGACGGUGUGUACGGUUUGAAGGAGGAAUACAUCCGACACGAAGCGAAUGGAUGUAAACUUCCCGUCAUCCGAGGCACCCUCAAGUACCCGGCAUAUCACUGGUCCGGUGACUUUAUGGUCGCCAAAAAAACCACCCCCGUAACGGUGGAAGACUAUCGGAAAAAGCCCGACCCUACCCGUACCGUUGGCCUGCAGGCGCUUCCGGAGCAGUUGGAACGAGCCUGCGCCGGAAUCGAAAUCUGCCGUAAAGGUUGGCACGAUCCUAACGUGGACGUGUUUGUGCUUAAGCUGGGCAAGAACAAGCGUACCAGCGGGGAAGGUAAUCCACGCAACGAGGUGGAAAUCGAACUGCGAACUCCGCGCGGUCCUUCUCAAGAAAUACGGCCAAAGGUAUCGCGUGGCAUGCAGGUGAUUGAGGAAGAGUUUGAACCGGCCGGAGAAAUGAACCGACCGGGAGCGGCCACCCCACCGACCGGUGAAGGAGACAAGGCCGACAAGAAGGGGAAGGCAGCCGGUAAAAAAGGCAAAAAGAAGUAG